AUGGAAUAUUCAAAAUCUUCGAAAUGUCAUUUGUUUCUCUUGAUUAUCGUUUUCUAUGUUGUCUCUGGAGCAAAUUUCAUGCAACUUAGUAGUGAUCAGGCAUCUCUACUUGCAUUCAAGGCUGGGAUCGUUGCUGAUCCCAAGCAUGCUCUAGAGACCUGGAAUGCUUCUAGUACUCAGGUAUGCAAUUGGUUGGGGGUUCACUGUGACAAAAAAAGUGGGAGAGUAGUUGAACUUGAUCUAAGUCAUCAUUCUCUCCAGGGAACCAUUUCACCAUUUCUUUCCAACCUUUCUUACUUGGAAAUUCUUGAUUUGUCCCAGAACCUUUUCCAUGGAUAUAUCCCUCAAGAGCUUGGCACACUUUUCCAACUCAGACAGCUUAGUUUGUCCUCAAAUCUUCUUGAAGGAAAUAUUCCAUCACAGUUUGGCUCUCUGCGCCAGCUGGUGUAUCUUGAUUUGGGAAGUAAUAAGCUCACUGGUGAAAUUCCCAUGCCACACUUGUGCAACGGCUCUUCAUCAUUGCAAUAUAUAGACCUCUCCAACAAUUCCCUUACAGGCAAAGUCCCUCUGAAGAAUGAAUGUGUGCUCAGGGAGCUGAAGUUUCUUCUACUGUGGUCGAAUCAGCUAGUAGGUGAGGUUCCUGCAGCUCUUUCGAACUCGACUAGGCUUGAAUGGCUUGACAUGGAAUCAAAUUCGCUAAGGGGGGAGUUACCUUCUAAUAUUGUAUAUAAAAUGCCUCACUUGCAGUUCCUUUAUUUAUCCUACAACCACUUCAGAAGCCAUAACGGCAACACUGACCUCAAACCAUUUUUCUCUUCUUUAGCAAAUUCAUCCAACUUGCAAGAACUUGAAUUGGCAGGAAAUCACCUUGGUGGAGAGUUGCCUUCCGUUAUUGGUAAUCUCUCUACUAACCUUGUACAGAUUCAUCUUGAUGAUAACCACAUAUAUGGUCCAAUUCCUAGAGAAAUUUCAAAUCUUGUCAACCUUACUCUCCUGAACUUGUCUAGUAAUCUUCUGAAUGGAUCGAUACGAACUGAGCUUUGCCAAUUGCAGAAGCUAGAGAGGCUAUAUUUAUCAAACAAUUCAUUUUCUGGAACUAUUCCCACAGAAUUCGGCAAUGUCCUACAUUUAGGUCUUCUUGAUUUGUCCAAAAACAAGCUUUCUGGGACAAUCCCAGAUAGUUUUGCUAAUCUCUCACAGCUAAGAAGACUUUUUCUCUAUGAGAAUGAUCUCUCAGGAAUGAUACCACCAAGCCUUGGAAACUGCAUUAAUCUUGAAAUUCUUGACCUCUCUCACAACGGGAUCACAGGGAAUAUUCCUAGCGAAGUUGCUGGAUUGAGUAGUUUAAAGUUGUACUUGAAUUUGUCCAGUAACCACUUGGAUGGGCCAAUUCCACUAGAGCUGAGUAAAAUGGACAUGGUGCUGGCUGUUGAUUUGUCAUCAAAUAACCUCUCAAGCACAAUUCCUUCACAACUUGGAAGCUGCAUUGCUCUAGAGUACCUCAAUCUAUCAUCCAAUCACUUGCAAGGCGAUCUUCCUCCAUCUAUAGGUCAUCUGCCUUACCUUAAAGGACUUGAUGUCUCAUUUAACCUUUUAACUGGAGAGAUACCGCAAACUUUGGAGGGAUCAACAACUCUAGUUCAGCUCAAUUUCUCCUACAACAACUUUUCUGGAAAUGUAACAAAUAAAGGGGCAUUUUCAUCGCUAACUAUUGGUUCUUUCCUGGGGAAUCCUGGUCUCUGUGGUUCACUUAUAGGUAUGCCAAAUUGCCACAGAAAAAGGACUCACCAUUUUCCAAUGGCAAUGCUCGUUUCUCUAAUUGUAGCUGCCAUAAUUUUCAUGGUUGGGUAUCCUAUAAUACUGAAGUCAAAAUUUGGGAGGCACUUAGCAGUUGCUAGUGCUAAGGACACAGAAAGUGAAGAGAAGGAAAAUAAAGAACUAAAUUUGCCCCGGAUAUCUUAUAAUCAGCUUAUUGAAGCUACCGGAGGGUUUAGCAGUUCAAGCCUUAUCGGUUCAGGUCAGUUUGGUCACGUAUACAAAGGAACUCUUACAGAUAAUACAUGUAUAGCUGUAAAGGUAUUGACUCCAAUAGCAGCUGGUGAGAUUUCAGGCAGCUUCAAACGGGAAUGUGAAGUCCUGAGAAGAACAAGGCAUAGAAAUUUGAUAAGGAUCAAAACAAUCUGUAGCAGGCCAGACUUUAAGGCUCUUGUUCUUCCACUGAUGCCAAAUGGGAGCCUUGAAAACCAUCUUUAUCCAAGCCCCGAAAUGAAGCAUGGUUUGGAUUUGAUUCAGCUAGUGAGCAUUUGCAAUGAUGUCGCAGAAGGAAUGGCAUAUCUGCAUCAUCAUUCUCCUGUUAAAGUUGUCCAUUGUGACCUGAAACCAAGCAAUAUUCUCCUUGAUGUUGACAUGACUGCUAUGGUCACUGAUUUUGGCAUUUCAAGAUUAAUAAAAGGGGUUGAUGAACAUACUUCAAUCAAUGAUUCUGCCUCUUUCAGCUCUACACAGGGUUUGCUUUGCGGUUCAGUUGGCUACAUAGCUCCAGAAUAUGGAAUGGGAAGACGGGCUUCAACCCAAGGAGAUGUAUACAGUUAUGGAGUUCUUCUAUUAGAGAUUGUGACAGGAAAACGUCCAACAGAUGUCCUUUUCCAAGAAGGCUCAAGCUUGCAUGAAUGGGUUAAAAGUUUCUAUCCUAACAAGUUUCAGCCAAUUGUAGAAGAAGCAGUAAUGAGGCUUUCUCCUAGUUAUGCUCCUCCUAUCACUAACGAUCAAAGUAAAAGAUGGCGUGAGGUGAUUCUGGAGAUGCUUGAACUAGGCCUUAUUUGCACCCAAUACAAUCCUUCGACCAGACCAACCAUGCUCGAUAUAGCACAUGAGGUUGGUCAGCUGAAGGAGUAUCUGUCUUGCUCUUCAUCCCAGCUCAUUGAAGAAGAUCCUACUGAAUUGAGGUACCUUUGA